AUGGCCACUCGCAUGAUGGCUACAGUUAUAGUCAUGAAAUCUGAUCUGAGAAUCAUCCUUGUUGGUAAAACUGGAGUUGGAAAAAGUGCAACAGGAAACAUGAUUCUUGGUGCUGAAAAAUUUAUUUCGGAUAUCUCACCCUCUUCAGUUACACAGGAUUGUGAAAAACAUGAAGCACUUAUUAAUAAAAGGAAAAUUAUUGUGCUUGAUACUCCUGGCCUUUUUGAUACUAAGAAAGUUAAUCAAGAGAUUUCCAAAAAAAUAGGUGAGUCUAUUAAACUCCUCGCUCCAGGAAUCCAUGCCAUUAUUCAUGUCAUACAGCUGGGUCGUUUCACCAAAGAAGAAAAGGAGGUAGCCAGGGAGAUAAAAAGGAUUCUCAAAAUUGAAGGAAAGAAAUACUUGAUCAUCCUAUUCACCCGAAAAGAAGAUUUAGGGAAGAAAACACUGGACGAGUUCUUAGAAGAGGGUGAUAAAGAUCUUCAGGAUCUGAUUGAGACUUGUGGAAAGCGACACCUCGCUUUCAACAACAGAGCCGAAGGAAAAGAAAAGUCUGCUCAGGUGUCUGAGUUGCUUGAAAUGAUUGAUGACAUGGUGCAGGGGAACUGUGAACAGCCCUGUUAUACUGAAGGAAUGUUUAAGAAGGACAAGUCACUUUUAAAAAAAUUUUGUUCUAUACUUUAA